CUGGAAGUCGGUAGCUAAAUAAACUGCAAUGGAAGAUUGAAAUAGCAAUUAUGACCACUGUUUGCUAAAAUGCCUAGCUAUUAUUCUAUUAAAUCUACCUUUUACAUCUAUUAUUGUCUAUUCUUAUAAAACUUUAUUCUAUUCUAUUUCUAUUACUUAUUUCUUCCUUCUUCGUGUACCUUAAUUUGUAAUUUGAUAUGCCAGUGAUCAUGUUGAAGAAAUGCAUGCGCCAAUUAGUGUAUGACGUCAUCUAGCAUACUUCUUGCGACUCAUAAGAUCCUGCAGUUCCUCGGCCAAACACUAGAUGGCGCGUCACGACCAAGACGAGCAAAUGAGUGAGCGUCAGUUAAACAAACAAACAAACAAACACACAAAUAAAUAAAUAAAUAGCGUUUUCUUUUGUGUGGCUGUGACGUGUAGUUGGAGAGCCGCGCUGCUCAAAGUCAGUUAUCUGUCUGCACUCGACGAGUGACACGAAAGGGAUGUUCACCCAGUGUCUUCUGGGUUCUUCAGGUUCCUGGUUCCAGGUUCUCCAGCUCCACCAUCACACUCACUGGAAUAAAGCGGUUACGGAAGACGAAUGAAGGGAAAUAGAGACAAAACGAGAAAAGCAUCCAUUAAUCGAACCACUUCACUGAAGAUGAACUCGAGCCUGUCUGGAUUGCGCGAGUCCGCCGUUCUGUGUUAUAGUUCUCUGAAUAACUCAUGUCCUCGGACCGUGUACCUGCUCCCUGUGCGCCUUUGUCUCUACUUCCUCUUCACCACCAUCGCCAUCCUCACUGUGAGCGGAAACCUGCUAGUUAUCUUUGUCAUCUUACUUUCCCAGAAUCCCCUUCUGGCAGCCACCAAUCAUCUGAUUCUGUCUCUGUCUGUGGCUGGGGUUCUGAUCGGAGGAUUCGUGAUGCCGCACAGCAUGGUGCGCUCCAUCGAAACCUGCUGGUACUUCGGUGUGUUUUUCUGUGAAUUUCACACCACCGUCGAUAUUGUCCUGUGUAACACCACCAUGUGGCACCUUACCUUCAUCUCUGUUGAUCGUUACUUGGCCAUCUUUCAUCCUAUGCGCUACCGAAACCUGAUGACCAACAAAACUAGUGCGACCAUGAUAAGUUCCAGUUGGGGUCUGGCAUUAGUCUUUGGCUUUGCCAUUGUCAUUUCAAAUCCGGAAGUCAAGAUCAUGGAUGCUUCUUACAAAUCAUGUGUGGGAGGAUGUUUUUCUUUGCAUGCCAGAGAAAUUGGGGUGGAAUAUUCCAUCAUCUUCUACUUUAUCCCUGUAUGUGUCAUAAUCACUGUCUAUAGCAGGAUAUUUUUUGUGGCACAAAGACACGCCAGAGUGAUUCAUAGCUCCAAUAAAGGCCCAAAACAUUCCGCGCCUUUCACAGCUAAAGAUCUCAAAGCAACCAAAACCCUUGUUGUAGUUGUUGGAACCUUUCUUUUUUGCUGGACGCCAUUUUUUAUGUGCAAUAUAAUCGACCCACUAAUAGGCCAUUCGAUCCACAGUGUUUUGUACGAAUCUCUUAUGUGGGUUGCGUACUUAAAUGCAAUGCUUAAUCCUUUAAUAUAUGUGUUUUUUUAUAGCUGGUUCAGAAAAACAGCAAAGGUCUUGCUGAGCAAGCUGUUCAUGCAGAUGUAACGUGAGUGUAGAUGUAGCAGCAAAUAUCACCCAAGCUUUAUGUGUGUGGGAUUUUAGAUAUUCCCUAAAACUGAGAUUACUAAAAUGUAAAUGCAUUCUUGUACAGUUUAAUAAAUGUCCUGUUGA